CCCUGUACCCCAAUCUGCUGCCCCAGCACCGCCAUAGCCAAACCAUCAGUGCUCGGCAUGGCCUGUAACGAGGAGGCCCUGCUGGACCUCAUAUUGCGCACAGGGUACAACAUGAUCCAGGAGAACGGGCAGAGGAAGUUCGGACCACCGCCUGACUGGCAGGGGCCCCCGCCCGCCCGUGGCUGCGAGGUGUUUCUGGGGAAGAUCCCGCGCGACCUCUACGAGGACGAGCUGGUGCCCGUGCUGGAGACGGUGGGGAGGCUCUACCAGCUCCGCCUCAUGAUGGAGUUCAGCGGAGAGAACCGCGGCUAUGCGUUCGCCACCUACACGACGCGCACCCACGCCGUGGCCGCCAUCAAGAAGCUCAACAACUUCGAGAUCCGGCCCGGACACCCCUUCGGAGUCUGCAUCAGCGUGGACAAUUGCCGCCUCUACAUUGGGGGGCUGCCAAAGGACAAGAAGCAAGAGGAGGUGAUGUUGGCGAUGAGUUGCGCCACGAUGGGCGUUGUGGACGUCAAGAUGAGCGUCUGUCCCACCGACAAAACCCGCAACCGAGGCUACGCGUUCGUCGAGUACGAGAGCCAUCGCGCGGCCGCUAUGGCCCGGAGGAAGCUCGUUCCAGGCACCUUCCAGCUCUGGGGCCAGACCAUCAAGGUGGACUGGGCCAACCCGGAGCGGGACACGGCAGUGGCGGCUGCGGCGGGGGCCCCCGACGGGGCGCCGCGAGGCGCCGUGGAGGGGGCGACGGAGCCGCUGCAGCCGGAGCGUGCGGGCGCCGGCGAUGCCGCGCUGCUGCACUUCGGCACGCGGGGGGACGCGGCCGCGGCCCUGCGUACGCUGCGCGGGGCCGCCCUGCUCGGGGCGCAGGGAGGACAACGAGGUGCGGGUGCUGGCCGAGUCUCCCCAAGGCCGGGACUCCCUGCCCACCCCAACUCCUCCUCCUCCUCUCCCUGCAGCAGCAGCGGCUGCCGACCGGCCAGCCUCCCUGGCCCCGCUGCGCAGGAAGACGGUGUACACGGCCUGUUCGAGGGCUGGGGGGCUCGCACGAAGCUGUGUUGGGUGCCGCGCCACUUGCAGCCCGUGCCCAUCGCUUUCGAGGCGCUGCCGGAGGCGGCCGUGCUGUCGUGGGAGGUGCGACUGCGGGCGCUGUGCCGGCGCGCCGGCCUCGGCGACGCGACCUUCGAGCUGCACGCCCAUUCGGAGUGCGGGAUACCCGUGGGCCUCCUCUAUAAGGUUUCCAUUUCCGGGAUUGGAGAAGGCGGCUUCUUCCCCGAACUUCUGAGCUCCAGCGAGGUGGGAGCGCGGGAGGUGGCGAGUCGGCACGUCUACAACAUCCUCAGCAAGGCGCGUCCUCUGAGAAUGUGCCCAGCCCCGGCCGCGACCCUGCCUCCCAGCUGCCCCGUCCAGGCCUUCUCGGCGUACCCUGGCUCCUUCCCCAUGACCCCGCAGCCGGUCACCAUGUACCUGGCGAACAGCUACACCUACCCAUAGUGCACAUCCAUUGCAGCUGCGUUCAUCGUCAGAGCACCGACGAUGUUCCACCUCGCUUGGCGUUCACUCCGAACCCUGCACGCAUUGCAGUGUUUAGCGUCAAACCACAAAUUUCCCGGCUACUCGCCCCCAGUGUUCACGUUCCCUCCGAGCUUCAUGCUGUGCUCAGCCAGCCGCCCCCUUUCCUUUCCCUCGUAGAGGGGGGAGUACCCCCCGACUUCACAUUGCACCGCUCUCAUUUCACUCGUCACCCCAUCGCCCCGCGUGCGUCCUCAUUCACUCCUUCUCACUGGACCACGCGCCAUGCCCUCGCUCACUACGCACGUCUGACAAAUUUACUUCAUGAUGGUUACAUCUCAAUCUCACGACCGUGCGGGCUAUUUUUGCCCAAAUUUCUGGUUUUCAAAGCCAUUCAUGGCAAAACUAGCGGUUAGUUUAGACGAUGUCAUUUUAUUUUUUGCUAAUUGCUUUACCCUUUUCAAAGUUUCAUGCACUAAAGAGUUAUAUUUUAAAGAGCAUUUGAAAAUGGUAAACGUAAAAAAAAAUACUUGUUCGCAUAGUCCGUUAGUACUUUGAUAAAAACCGACACCUCCAAGAUAAAAUUCAGAUGUUCACGUUGUGUCCGACGCGUCAACGCGGUUUCGUUUUAAAAAUGUAGGGGAGAAAAAACACACUUGUUCACAUCGCGUUCUGAUGUUAAAACAUUCGAUUCUUAAUAGGAUUGAAAAAGCCUUUAAAAUAGCAAUUUUGCUACACACGGAGAUAACCGUGCACCAGUUCAUUUCCACAGGCUCUAUCCUGGUACCUUGUGUUUCAUGCACACAAAGCUGUUAAGAGUUCGAUGUUUUAUUUAUUUACCAUGUAGGUGUUUUUUUCCUGUAAUUGUUUUUUUAUGUUUGAGUGGAAAUAAAGUCCUGAAAAGUCGAUCUCUGUCAUGUACGGCCAA